UGAGCACAGGACGAAUCAUGCCUACAGCGUGGACUGUGUUGCUGAUCUGCAUCCCUCUUUACUUAUGUAUACCACAGGGAUCUUAUGGAGAAUUAAUUGUCUCAAGAGACAAUGAGCAAAAGGAAAGUGACGCCAUAAAAUUUAUAAAGAAACGAAGUGUGGACCCUGUUCAGAUAGAGGUGCAGAAUGUGAAGAUAGAUUGCAAGGUGGCGUCUCGAUUUGCCCACACAAUCAUGACUUCCACAGCUCUGAACAAGGCCAACGUCUCACAGGAAGUUGUCUUCGAGGUGGAGUUACCCAAGACGGCCUUCAUCACCAAUUUCAGCAUGGAGAUUGAUGGAAAGAUAUAUGUAGGAGAGGUUAAAGAGAAAGAGAAGGCCAAGAAACAGUAUGAGGCGGCUGUGUCAUCCGGACAGACAGCUGGCCUGGUCAAAGCUUCAGGCAGAAAGAUGGAGAAGUUUUCUGUCUCUGUUAACAUUGCAGCCAACAGCAAUGUCACAUUCACACUUACGUAUGAGGAGCUCCUUCAGCGCCGGCUUGGCAAAUAUGAGCUCAUGAUCCGAGUAAAACCCAAACAACUUGUUCAGCACUUUGAGAUUGUUGCUGAUGUCUAUGAGCCUCAGGGCAUUGCAUUUCUGGAUGCCUAUGGUACAUUCAUUACCAAUGAGCUACUUCCCCUGGUGGAGAAAACAGUCACUGACAAAAAGGCCCAUGUGUCCUUCUCUCCAACUCUGGAUCAGCAAAGGAAAUGCUCAGACUGUGAUGGUACACAGAUAGAUGGAGAUUUCUUCAUCAACUACGAUGUCAAGCGUGCAGAAGAUCUUGGUGAUAUUCAGAUCGUGAAUGGGUAUUUUGUACAUUUUUUUGCCCCAGCUGAUUUGCCACGAUUGCCAAAGAAUGUAGUGUUUGUGAUAGACACGAGUACCUCCAUGUCUGGAGCAAAAAUGCAGCAGACUCGAGAGGCACUGCUGACCAUUCUCAGUGACUUGCCUGUGGAAGAUUACUUUGCCCUGGUAGCUUUUUCAUCUGAUGUUGUAACAUGGAGACCAUCACUGCAGAAAGCCACAGAGGAAAAUGUGAAGGAGGCAAAAGCUUUUGUUCAUACCCUAAGACCAAAUGGCUGGACGAAUAUGAACGACGCUGUUUUGCGUGGUGUGGACCUGCUGAAUGUAGCCAAGGAACAAAACACUCUCCCAGAAAACAGCACAUCCAUAAUCCUCCUCCUGACUGACGGAGACCCAACCAAGGGUGAAGUGAAUCCAGAAAAAAUACACAGAAAUGUCCAGAAUGCUAAUCAUGGAAAUAUAACCAUCUUUUGCUUGGGCUUUGGCUAUGAUGUAAAAUUUGGUUUCCUGGAAGUUAUGGCCAAGCAGAACAACGGUCUGGCUCGGAGAAUCUAUGAAGCAUCGGAUGCUGUGGUUCAGCUGCAGGGAUUCUACAAUGAGAUUUCAAACGUCCUCCUAGCAGAUGUGAACUUCCAUUAUCCGGACAAUACAGUAAACUCUGUGACUGGCAGCCACUUUAAUCAGCUGUUUAACGGCGCUGAGAUUGUCGUAGCAGGUCGACUGAACGACAUCGAAAUGAACGACUUUCCGAUCGAAGUAUCCGCUCAGGCGGUAAAUAACGAGUAUGUGGUAAAAGGCCAGGCUAGUGCUCAGGACUGGAAUAUCAUCUUCCCUGAUGAAGAGUACAUCUUUGGGGAUUUCACAGAGCGUCUCUGGGCAUAUCUGACCAUCCAGAAGCUUUUGGACAAGAAAGACAAGGGUUCCCCUCAGGAGAAGCAAAAUGCCACAGCAGAAGCUCUGGCGCUCUCUCUGAAAUAUAACUUCGUCACUCCACUCACCUCCAUGGUGGUCACUAAGCCGAAAAAUGAAGAAAACCAAGAGGAUAAAUUAAUUGCUGACAAGCUGACGGAGGAUGAGCGUCGGGCUGAUGCACAAGUUCGGAUUCCUGCACCUAUAUCUCGUCCCACUACUUCACACAGGACUUACACUUCAUCAUCUGUAAACUGGGUUGAUUCAGACCCACACUUCAUCAUUGAGUUCCCAGACCAAAAUGAUGCAUUCUGCUUCAACAUCAACGACACACCAGGCACCAUCUUUAACCUGAUCAAAGAUCCACUGACCGGUAUCAUGGUAAAUGGUCAAACCAUUGGGGACAAGAAGAUAGACCCUGAGAAAACAGUAAACACCUACUUUGGGCGCUUUGGAAUCAUUCAUGCAAAGUUUGGCAUCAGAUUGGUGGUGACUACACAGGACAUCUUGGUGUCUGAAAAGGGCAAACAGGCAAAACUCUUCUGGUCUGAAAAUACCACCAACAAAGGGCCCAAUAUGGACCUGCAUGUAACCAAAGACCGCAGUCUUACAGUGACCUUGAGGAACUCGAUGAAAUUUGUUAUAAUUCUACACAAAGUGUGGAAGAAACACCCUUACCACCAGGACUACUUGGGCUUUUACACCCUGGACAGCCACCUGUUUUCAAAACAAGUUCACGGUCUACUUGGACAGUUUUUCCAUGGUGUAACAUUUGAAGUUAGUGAUGUCUUUCAAGGGGAAGACCCAGACAAACCAGAUGCCAAUAUGUUUGUGAAGGGCCACAAUCUCACAGUGACCAGGGGCUGGCAGAAAGACUUCAGGAAGGAUGUGAAGAAAGGAGAAAACGUGCCCUGUUGGUUCAUUCAUAAUAACGGCACAGGGCUUAUCGAUGGAGUCAUUGGAGACUACAUUGUCUCUGGACUCUUCAAGACAACCUGAGAGAGGAGACAAGGCUAAAAUGGACCUGCCUAGAUUGCAACGGACAAACACAUUUUUUUCUAAUUAAUUACUGAUCGCAUAAAGCUAAGGGGAAACCAUCCUAUUUCAUUAAGAUGACCUUGUUUCCUUUGAAUAUGUACAAGCUUGCUUCAUAUUAAACAUCUCUGACAACUGCAAAAAAAUUAUAUAAA